CACAAAAUGCUGCAAAAUAGUGUAAUUUAACACCCAGCUCCUAAAAUAUCUUUGGUUCACGGCACUCAGCCAUUAUAAGCGCAUCAAGCAGCUUUCAAAGCGUUAGCUGCAGUGGCAUCGGGAAAAUGAAGCCUCGGCUGUUAGUUAUCCUACAGGCGAGCUCACGAGAUCCUUCGAGUAAAAUUUAACGUGCCGCCACAUACGCGAGGGUACUUGCUCCUGUUUCGUGUCCCGGCAUGUGAAGCUGAGAAGAUGCCCCGUCAAGUGGUGAGAGGGUACUCGAGAGAUCGGUACACCAUACGUACGAGUGUGAGCCUUUGUGGAUGUUGGAUAUUGCGUAAAUUGAGCUUUCGCUGUGACUUAAGCGCUUAGAUGUUUUUACGCAUAUCAGUAAAAUUUAUAUUCAGCUAAUAUCGUAUGAUCGCAUUUACGAAACCAAGCUAAAAUUGAAGGAUAAAUUUAGAGAAUGAUUUAAUUUUGUUUACAAAGCUUAUGCAUGUUAGGCAACUCAUAAAAGCUCCGCAAAACAUCCCUUUUGUCACUGAAUUACACGUUCCCUAGCGAACGACAGCAAAACAGUAUAAUAUUGCGAAAUCUUACGCACAAGCUUACAUCGGCAUACCAAUUAGAUUCCGUUAUAUUGCAAACUAUUCAGCAGAAAUUGCCCAAACAUCCACCCGCUAAAGAGUGAAAGGCUUCGUCUGAAAUUCGAGAAGCAUCAAGGAUGCGCAGGAUACGUAGCUCGUCGUGCUUCCGUCGAGUCCGGCUUCUUAACUAAGACACACCGAAAUAACAGAUUUAUCACAACGUCGCGGGCGGCUGAAUUUCACCGAGUCGCAAAUUAAUUGAAGCGCGAUUCCUGCCAGCGAUAAGGCAUACACGAUAAUAUAAGCGCGAUUUUUCUAGGCGCUUUCGCGUGACCUGAUAUGCGGGAUCGCUCGAGAGAGCGACAGGAAUUUCGAGUUACGAGGGCAGCGGCGGACUAGGUCCGUGAGUUGCGUGUUUAUUGGCUGUUAUGGAGUUAUGUGGGAACUGAGUUACAAAGUAAACGCGCGAGAGACGCGUCGGAGGUGCGAUGGGGAAAGGUCGUCUUCUAUGCGUAUACUGGAUCGCUGGAGCCGAGCUCUGUGAAUGGGACGUACGGUAUGAUGCCGCGCGUUUUGAUCUUAUCUACGAUCUGGACACUCGCUCUAUGGCUGUGUGAAUGUAUACCUGUAAUGUAUACAAUGAUUGACAUUAGUCGGUAGCGAGAUGUUGUAUAUUCACCGUAGAACUUUUCGGGCUUAGCGUUAAUUGAUGUUCCGGGCGAGCUAUCUGAGCAAUAAUUUCUCUGGUUAUAUUUAUUUAAAAAUGCUACUAUCGAUUAGAUUUAUUAAGCGUGAAUAAUAUUCGGCGGCGGGUAACGAGCUAUCUACAAUAUUUAUCGGGGCAUAAAUAUCUUGCGAUGAUCGUAAAUAAACGUAGAUGCAAAAUGUAAUCGUAUAUGAUUUAGCUCUUUCGCGAAGAUCGAAAAUUCAUAAAGUGAUCCAAAAAUACCGGAAAUCAUGGAUGCAUUGAUUUAAUACAUUUAUAAAAAAUAGCGACGAAUUCCAAUUUGACGAUCCAACCAAUAUAAUAUCGCAAUCAUUUCUAUGUUAAUGAAAUAUAAAUUGGAAUUCGGCGUUUUCGCAAUAACAAUCCGCGCGAGAACAAACUGCCACGAAUCCGUUUCGUUCUGCACACGUUCACAAAACUGCCGACGAAUAUAACAAUUUGACGAUCCCGAUGAAAAGCACACGAGAGUGAGAGAGCUUCAGACUAAAAUAUAACGCUGUCGAAAUUCGGAACAAACAUAAGUGCGUGCUUCACAGCGGCGCCAUCAACAAUUCGGACAGCGAGUGUACUUAACGUCUCUGCAGCGCGUCGAGACUCGCGCGAGCCAAAAGUCGCAUUUUCGAAAAACGGAUGUUGCCCAACUACAUAGUCGAGAAGAAAGAAUUAGAUUGAGAGACUAUAAAAUCACUCGAAUGUGUGCUUACGUUUGAAUAAAUCUGAAUAAUUCGUACUGGACCCUACCUUGGCGCGCGGAUGCAUCGAUUCACUCCGCGGACCCAUCUUUCGAAAGCUGUGAGGGCGCCCGAAUGAAAACUCAUCGGCUGCAUUAAUUCGGCUCGAGAGUGUAUACCUGGGUACACAUUUUCAUCACAGUAAUUGCAGAUUUGAGAGCCGUGUAAACAAUAAUAUACAGCGUUCGAGAGAGUUUUGACGAAGUUCGUAUUAUAAGCGCGCGUGAGGUGAAUCGCGCAUAUAGAUUAAAAAUAAACGCUCGCGGUUGAAAUACACAAGUGCGGCGUUGUACGAGUCGAUAUUCCACGCACGCGAGGGACAGUGUUAUGCGAGAGUAAAAAGCGAUUUGAAUUGCGAGAGUUGUGUAUCUUCGUUAAACAAUAAUGAAGCGUCGGCGAUCGUUAAUCCGCAUACAGCGCGACGGGCCGUGAGUCACCGGUAUACAUUCGGCGACACAUUCGAUUUGUUGAACGACUCCAACGAUGAAAGUACCGAUUUAUCUAGUCCUCGUCAUCGACCCUCCGAAAUCCUGACGAAAGUAGGAAACAGCGCGUUACGUCGUGCGCCGAUCCUCCGCACAACGGCUCGUUGCGUCCUUGCUCUCGAUGUUACGCGGCAUUGCGAAAGGGAACAUCAGGCGCGUAUACUUACGCCGGCUCUCGAAGACAGUCCCGCUCCCGAUGCGUUCAUCGCGGAAGAUGAAUAAGGUCCAUUAGCCGAUGAUGACGCCGGCAUUGGCGGCGCGUAGGGGAGGCGCCGGUCGGCCAUACGCGCGCUGCCUUUGCCCUCACCUACGACUACUACUUUGAGAGGUUCGUGGAGAGGAGAGGAGAGCUCGACUGGCCGAUAUGCGUCGAAGAGGUGUGUGCGUAUCUGUGAUUGUAUAAAAGCGAGGGCCGUCGACGGAGCCAAAUCAAAGCGACUUCCGAGCCGAGAAGAGAAGCAACAUGCAGGUAUUCGUAGUUCUUCUGAGCGUAGCAGCGGUGGCGCUGGCCAGUCUAGAACCGGCCGGCUAUCGACCGCCAGGUUCCAGCUCGUCCCAGUACCUGCCGCCUCACCUCCAGCAGCACCACGAACACGACCACGACCACGACCACGAGCAUCACCAUCAGUCGCAAGCGAACAAUCCCUCGACGGCCUCCCAGUACCUGCCACCCUCUUACAACCAUCCAGCUGCACCCGCUGCCAAUCCUAACAGCCAAUACCUGCCUCCUCGGGCUCGUCAACAGCAGCAGCCACAACGUCCAUCUUCCAACUACUUGCCAGCAGCCGACAAGCCGAUUCCCAGCCUGGCACCGCCAUCUCCACCUGCCAACGACUACCAGCCACCAGCCCAGUCCGGCAACCAGCAGUCAUCUAACGAAUACCUGCCACCUCAGAGCAGCAGACCAACCAGUGCUCCGGCUAACGACUACCUGCCGCCCAGCAGAACUACCCCAGCCGUGCCCGCCAAUGACUACCUGCCACCUCUCAAGCCCUCGACCCCGAGCAUCCCAGCCAAACCCGAGUACCUGCCCCCAGCCAAGACUGGACAGUCGGCAGUGCCUCCCAAGAGCGACUACCUGCCACCCAGCAGCAGCAGCAGCAGCAGAGUGAACAGCAGAUAUUCCGCCACGACUCCGGUGCCCAGGAUCUCCGUCGUCUCGGUCUCGCCCUACAAGCUCGACGGUCCAGCUUAUUCCAAGCCUCAGCCCAAGUUCUCGGGACUGGCCACUUCGGCCUCCUCCAGUCCAGCCAGAAGCGGAUACCCCCAGAGAGGCUACCCCUCGGGUGCCCCAGCUGCCAAGAGCUUCGAGCAGCCCGCCGACAACUACCUGCCACCUCUGGGCCACGACGAGUCUUCCCAGGGAUACGAGUCCUCCGCCGCUCAGAACGCUGGCUACCAGUACGGAGCUGCCGCUCGCUCCGAGCAGACGACGGAACCAGCCAAGUACGAGUUCGAGUACCGCGUGAGCGAUGAGUUCGGCAACGACUUCGGCCACAAGGAGUCUCGCGACGGAGCCCAGACCUCCGGGGUCUACAGUGUGCUCCUACCCGACGGCCGUAAGCAGAUCGUCCACUACGAGGCCGACGAGAACGGCUUCAAGCCCAGGAUCUCGUACGAGGAAGCUGCCUCGGUUCUCGGCCCCAAAACUCCCACCUUAGCUGACAUCGGUUUCGGAGGAUACGACAAGAACGCCAACAGCCUCGACGCCCACCAGGGACCUUACUAGUCCGCUCGCGAUCUUCUUAUAUAACUCAGGAUAUGCGAACUCGUUCACACCACGACAUAGUACAAUUAAACUAACUCGACGCUGAGCAUUAUGAUAGUGUAGUAAAAAAAGGAGCGCGAUGAACCAGCACAAUCCAAGCGAUCCCAGCUGGAAUAAUCGCUAUAUAAUCGUGCGGGAGAGGAGUAGAAGAGUGCAAAUGCAGAAACGCUGUACACUUACGCGGGCGAGAGUAAGUGGGACGAAAUUUUUGACGGUUUUUAUCUCGCACGCGUUGCGCCCUCGGUUAAACCAGAAAAAAUACACGUUUUUUUUUUAACAAACAUCGCGUCGAGAGCAGGCGAAAGCGCUGAUGGACGUUUCGAUUUGCCGGAAAAAAUUGCGAGCUGUGCCGAUCGAACGCUUCCCUUACUCGCGGCCGCGUUUGCAUCCACGUCGUAUACAUAUACGCAGUGUUCUCAUAAUUGUACGAUUUCUUUAUAAUCCGAACGCGCAGUGCGGUGUGGAGUUAUUAUUCGCGUUUUAUUAUAUGCAUAUUAAUCGUGUACCUCCAUUAGAACUCUGAUUUUUCGUCGCAGAGAGUUUAUCGCACUGCAGUUUCGCUGUAUAUGUUAUACCAUAAUAUAUAACGUAGUCGUAAUUAAGUAAUGUCUCUCAUUUGAAUAAUACAAUACGUUAGAGCGAAUUAUUUAGCAAAUGCGCGAGCGCGACAGAAGCAUUAAUACCGAAUAUUAUGGGAUAAGCAACGAUCCUGCUUUUGAGUACUUACAUUACUUUACACUUUUGUACAAAUUGUAGAAAAAAAAAAAAAGAAAAAUAUAUGCGUAUAAUAUUUAUAACAUGUAAUCAGAGCCAUGUGUCACGUAUUCAUUAAUCAAGAUAUAAUCCCCACCGACAAGAGAAAGAUAUGCAAAGUAUUCCGUUACAUUUAUUCAAACGAUACACAUCCACAGCGAAUGAAGCGCGAGGAAUCACGAUAGGUAUAUAUACGUGUACGUAUAAGUUACGCAAGAUCGAGCGCGGAAACGCGCGCGACAGCCUGUCACGCAAUCCGCCACAGUUGUCAGCCCGAAGAUCAGCUCGCGUCAACGGCCCAUUCAAAUUUCCCUCGCUCUCGACCUUUCCAUAUGUGCGCUCGAGCUGCACGAAAAGCUUCUCGCUGUUUUUGGCGAAGAGCCGCGAGACUAUACGCGUAGUUUAAAUGUAUAUGUUCCUCGAUUUCGUCAGGCUGUUAUUCUAAUUCCCAUAUUAUGCACGCAGCCUUCCUCCCUCUUUUUUUUUAAUUAUCUUCUUCGAGGAUGUUCGAGCGGUGAAGGCAAUUCUCGAAAUUCGGGAAUCUGGAUCACGGAGUCACCCGCGAGGACUAAUCAAAUCUGCAGACAGAAUACGUAAUGCACGAGCGCCAAGGUGGUAUUUAGUCUCCAAACACAAUUUUUCGCCAAAGCCGAGAGCGACAUCGGCGCCGCGGUUAGAUCACACGGCGCAUUUUGCGCGGGACUAUAUUAUCAAGUUGCCACACACAUAGACGCCGAGAGCUAUACGUAUAGACGUGUAAGAGCGAGAGAUACACGUGUUUCGGCUGGAUCUUCUCCGGCGCAUUACUUUCACAUCGGAGGCAGAGUCGCCGAGUAAGUAUGCGUGAGUGUGUGCGAGAGGAGUUUUGUUUCGCUACUUCGUUACGCGGCCGAUCCUCCUUUCGCAACGUGGCGUUUGUAUUGGGCGUAUUUGUAACCGAGAGAGAUAUCACCGAUGAUUGUAUUAUGCGGAAACGCUCGUUUGCGGUGUAGGCAGCUGUUUUCAACGAGGUUUCCUCUAAUGUAAUUUUAGCUCGAUCUUUUGACGUACAAAACAGGCGAUGUUUUGCCGUUAAAGCCUCGUGAGUGCCUUAAUUGUAAAAUAGAAAAUUUAAAGUGUUACUUUGUAAAAGCGAUUUUCUGGCGGCUCAGUCGUAUAUUGUACGGCGUCUUCCUUCGAAAAGUGCCCGUACUUUCAGCAUCGCCAUCAUCAACAACAACUUCAUCCGUCCGAACAAUAAGUCUAUUACGCGCGUUUGAUGAAAUAAUAGAAACUCGCUUAUAGUAGAACACAAUAUAAAAAAAAAACACAACACUAUACGAGUUUCACCGAUCCAAUAUCAAACGUCGCUAUUCGUGCCAAAAUUAAUCAGACUUCCGCUAGCGAGUCGCACACGUACACAACGGCCAUUAAUUAAUAUUGGAAACAGCCGCGAGUUAUAUCUUUGCGCGCGCGGCUGCUGCCGCAAUCGCUAUAGUAUAAUUUUCCCGCGUUCGAUCGAUCCUUUUCUCUCUCUCUCUCUCUCUCAUUUUUCAGCGGUAUCAGUCCAUGCAAAUAUUUUACGGCUUUUAAAACGCUCGUAAAACGACGUUUCGCGCUCGCGCUGCUCGAAAUAAAAGUAAUCUCCACUAUUGAAUCGCGCUUGAUUUUUACGCGCCUGCAGGAAGAAUGUUUCAUUGGCGGUGCGAUGUUCCUUUUUUUUUUAUUUUAGUCAAGCACUACUACUACUACUACACGAUACAGCCGCGUAAUGAAUAUAAAGACUUGUUGCUCGUGAAGUAUAGUGCGGCGCGCCGAUACGAUGUUAACGACCCGGUCGCGGAAAAAAGGAAUCGCAGCGAUAAAUUUCUAUAGUGGCUUGUAUAGGAGACUCUAUUAGUCGAGUGCCUAUAGAUAAGCAUCAUCCUCGUGGGUUCACUACGCAUAUUUGCUCUCAUACGAUCCAAUAUUAUUGAGCUAUUCGUGUGUUUCAAUUUGCGCAACGAUGCACACUUGCAUCAGGCUUUACAUAUAUACGACAGCGAUUGCAGCGCGCGACGUCUUUGAUAAGUGCAUUUUCUGAUACUCGAGUCGAUCAAGCUGUGCAGAGCGUCGAAUCCGUCUGAUGUCUCUUGUCGGCGAAAUCGGGCUCCGGGAUGCAUUACGCGCAAGAGAAAGGAGCCCAUUAUCGGGAUCUAUAUAGAUAUAGAUAGGCAAUAAGGGCGCAGAAUCGAUUGGGUAAUCCAAAUAAAUUCACAGGCUCGAGGGAGAGCGCACGUUUUCUGUUUUAAAUUAUUAUAUUGUACGAACACGUAUACAUAUAUAGAAGAGAUUACAUGCAUGUAUACAUAAGGUAAGAGGGUGAUGAUGCUUUGUAUAGUGUGGAGCUGCUACGAUAUGUGUAUACAGUAUAUAUAUGGGUAAUUAUUACCCACGCGUCGUGGGGGUUACAGUUAUUGUUAUCAUUAUUUUUUUUUACGUUUUUUCACUUGCUUGCUUCUUCUGGUUAGGGGCGUAUGUAUAUAUAUAUAGCUGUGUACAUCUGUACACAGUCGGAUACACGUGGUAUAGUAUACGAUCAUCGCGUAAUGUACAUGUAUAUAUAUGGUAUGUAUAUGAGCACAAUGAGCUAUGUUACAAAAUGGACAACGCGCGGAUACACGUGUAGGGACGUGCACCGCUGCGACGUUAUCUCGUGUUACAAUCAGAUAUGACAGAGAAUAUCGGUCGUGUGAGUGUCGUAUGUGUAUGUGUGUAUAUGCGUUAUGUAUAAAAAUAUGAGUAUUUUCAACAAGUUUAUAUAUUCAACUCAUCUCGCUCGUUAAAUAUAUGUGCGAAUAUUUCUCCCUCUCUCUCUUUUAACUUUAUUAAAUUAUCGCUGUCUUCAUUCCCAACUGUCGCGGCUCGUUCUCUCUCUCUCU